UGCACCUUGCAGCAGGUGUGAGGUGAGCAGUGGAUGGGGGAAGAUGCACUUGCCAUGGCAGAGCCAGUCCUGGCAACGGGGUGCACACUCCCAUGGACUUACUUUAACCCUGGGCAGAAGAGUCAGGAAGUUCUCCUUCUUGACCCUGUUAACUAAAAAGCCAUAUUUUGUGAAUGUGUUUGCUGGGGCUAAUCUAAGCACUCCCAGCUGUGUCUUUCCCAUCCCCAUUAGGCUCCCGACCUUCCCCCUGCUGCAUGGCUCUGUGCUGAGACAGUCUGAAGUGGGGCCAGGCCCUGCUGGCUUCCCAGGAAGCUUUCUGUGAAUGGCAAGCGAAGCCAGGUUCAUGUCCCAGCUGAUGGGUGCUCUGGAGGGACUGAGGGGGUGCUCUGUCCUGAGUGCCCAGGAGAGGUGGCAGUGACACAGUGAGAGAAGGGGCUGGAGCCAGCAGUGUGAAGGGAUUGAUCUGAUCUUCCCAUGUUCUCCCCAAGCUCUCCACACUAGGAAGGUAAAUCAGCAGCACAACAAAGGACUUUGGUUUUUGGAGGUUAGGUGAACCUUUCAGAGUCCUCGUGUACAGCCUUGUGAACUGGCUCCUGCUGCCCCAAUGAAGCCACGCCAUCCUGCCUUUUUCCUAGAACACCAGCCCCCACGUCCCAGCAGCCCUGAUGAGCCAGUCUGGCUGUAGUGACGCCUCGCUGCACGCCUGUUCUUGUCACCCUCUUGCACUGUCGGCUCCUGGCUGCCAAGUCCUACAGGGAAUGCAACAGGACAGGAGAGAACUCCCUUAUGCCUCUGGGCUGCUUCAUGCAGGUAUCUGAGGUCGUGGAUAAGAUCAGCAGUGCUGGGCUGGGUGAGCAGGAGGAGCUCAGGAUCGAUGAGCACAGCGGCUGCGGAGGAGCCACCAGACACCACGGCCUGUUAAAGCACAAGGAUCACAGCACCGUGUCCCCUCACCAUCGGAGCUGCCCUUUGCUCCCCAGGGCCCCAUUUCUGCCUCCGUGUCCCCCCUGCCAGCUCUGGCCCUGCAGGGACACUGCUGUCCCAGCCCCAUGAAGGAUGGUGCCUCUGGGCAGGACACGGAGGGUGGCACUCGGUACUGCCACCACAUCCAUCCCUUCAUGUCACCCUCCCUCUCCUCGCGCCUUUGGGCAGGAGCAGGGGAGCGAAGCUGCCGGUGUGUGAGAGGUGCACCCCGUCCACACCCAAAUGGUGCCUGGUCCUCCCUGGCCAGGGUGUGGUUAUGCCUCCGGGGCUCUUCCCGAUAGAUUUCAGUCAUCUCGAAGCUUCCAAGAAAGCUCCCCUUUCCUGUUGCUGCAAUUAUGGCAGGAAUUAGACUAUCAGGCCCUGGGAAUGCCCCAAAUCUUUGCAUGUCUGAAGCAGCAGACCCUUCCUGCCCAGCAGACCCUUCCCUACAGCCCUGCGCUGCAGCCCCCUGCUCUGCAGGGACGAGCAGUGUCUGUGUGUUCAAGGUCACCCCGGUGGGGUGGGGACAUCACCUCAGCUGCCGGGAGCUGUGCUGGGACCCCUGGGAGGGCUCAGGCAGAGGGAUGGGGAGGGCAGCACUUCUGGUCUCAGCUCCCCUGGGCCCAGAGCAGCUGUGGUUUCGUUGGAGCAAAAAUAUUGUCCUUGGCUGAGUUAGGGAAGCUCAGUGAGAACAAUAAACGCCUGUGCCUCGUGCUGGGGAGCGCCGCCGCGGAGGGACAGAUGCCAAAGGUUUGACACUGCUCUGCUUUAUUUGAAUGUUCAUUUUACUACAUGUCACCAUUUCUUGCCAGGAUGAUAUUCAUGUUGACUUUGCUUUUUAACCAAGUGCUUUUCAAAAUGUGUUAACAGACAGAGACUAGAGUAUGGAGCUGUACUUUAGAAGUUGUUGUAAUAUGCCUUUUUCUUAAUAAAGAGACUGAACUCUGCAGAGGGUGGUACUGUCCUACCCCAGAGUGCAGGACCUCCAGCCACAAACCAGAAGCAUCUCUCUCCCAGGACUGGCUCCUACCUCGCUCCCCCAGUGCUCUUCCACAGCUCGGGGGAGUCCUCAGAGUGACAGCCCAGUUCUUACAGGGGUCUGCAGGAGGGAUCAUCAUCAGGAUCUGGAGUACCAGGACAAGGGGGGAUGGCUCCUCGCUGCCAGAGGACAGGGUUAGAUGGGAUAUUGGGAAGAUUCUUCCCCGUGAAGGUGGGGAGGGCCUGGCACGGGGUGCCCAGAGAAGCUGUGGCUGCCCCAUUCUUGGGAGUGUUCAAGGCCGGAUUGGACAGUGACACAGAGAAACAGGAAAUAAAUUCUCCAAUCAGUUUUUUUGGUGAGAAAGUUGGCAUUAGUCAGUGGUGGGUAUGUGGGGGAUUGUUCUACCAAAUCUGUAUGGCAAUCAUCAAAACUUUUAACAAUUUAUACAUUUUAGCAAACAAAGGAAUUAGGGUUCAUUAGCUAUGAGUUACACAGUUCUCUUAUUAAUUAGAAUUCUCUAUUGGUUAAUGAUUCUCCACUUCCCAUGGUGAUUAGUCUUCCUCUUCAUUUGGGUUGGUUGAUUUCUAGCAUCAUGGUCUGUGGGUUGAUGGCCACAGACCCCUCCCUCUGCCACAAUUACGUUCUACCCAUUUGGAACUGAUUUCAGCACAAACACUGAGUCAGUUUUAUUAGUUAUUCCUUAUCUUGGGAAUCCUGCCAAAUGUCCUUGUGGCCCAAAAAUUCUGCACUCUUUGUGUCCGUUAUUGGUGAUAACAUCCUUCCUCCCAAGCUAUGUUAACCUCCUCCCCCGGGUCUUAGACCACUGAAUCAUGUCAAACCCUAAACUUUGUUUUUUUCUGACACAUGGACAUCACUUACAGCUUGCUUGCUAGCUGCUAUGUGCUUCAUUAAUUAAAUAUCCCUUCUUAUUGAUUAGGCUUGAAAGUUACAAAGAUCAAACAUUAAAGAACAUCCUUUCUUAAGAAAGUUUGGUUUGAAUUUCUGUUUCCUUGGGGGGGGUUGAUUUGUUUUGUUUAGUUUUUUUUUUUUUUUUUUUAACCCAUCACCAGCCACUAUUCCUUACAAAUUAAGAUUUUCCAAACAUUUCCCUCCACGGCUACAGAGACUCGAGUAUAAAGCAAAUACAGUUGGGUGCCAGCUAGGCUCGGAGCAACCGGCACUACGGGCAGGUGUCGGUGCCCACGGCAGGGCAGUGGGACCGCGGGGUCCCUUCCGAGGGACACAAAACCCGCCACGCUCCCUUCUGCUCCAGGGACGCGCGGGGCAGCGCCGAGCCCGGAGCCUCCGGCCGCGCCCGGGGUCACCGCGUUGUCCCCGCCGCCGCACGGUGACCUUGCGGGUCCCGGGAAGGACGCAGGCGGCCGGAGCCCCUCCCCGGGGUUAGGGGAGGGGUUGGGGGGUUCUCCCUGCGCCGUCCCCCGGGGCCGUGCGGGGCCGUGCGGGGCCGGGCCCGGCGCGGCGGGCGGAGCGGGCGGCCGCGGGUGCGGCCCCUUUAAGGCGCUGCGGGUACGCGGGGGUUGGGCCGUGGCGGGCGCCGUAGCGGCGGCGGGGCCGCACCACGUGGGCGGGCGGGCGGACGGCGCUGUCCUUCGGCGGGCCCAUGGUCAUCCGAGCGGGCGACAUGCCGCCGGCCGCCGUGCCGGCCGCGCAGGGCGCCGAGCAGCAGCACCCGGCACCCCGCGCCAGCCGGCCCGCCGAGACGCAGCAGCGCCCCGAGCACCCGUCUGGCGUGGCACUGAUGAAUGGCAGCGGCCCACAUGACAGCCUCAAGGGCGAGAAGGAUGCCAAGCAGAAUGGCCAUGAGGACGCUGACCCAGGAGAAGAUGGCAACGACCAGGAAGUCAUUGUCAUACAGGAUACAGGAUUUACUGUCAAGAUCUGUGCACCAGGGAUAGAGCCCUUUUCCCUGCAGGUUUCUCCUCAAGAGAUGGUGCAAGAAAUCCAUCAAGUUUUGAUGGACCGGGAGGAUACCUGCCAUCGGACCUGCUUCUCCCUGCAGCUGGAUGGCAACGUCCUGGAUAACUUUGCUGAGCUGAAGACAAUUGAAGGGCUGCAGGAGGGCUCGCUGCUGAAAGUGGUGGAAGAGCCGUACACGGUGCGAGAAGCCAGGAUACACGUGCGCCACAUUCGGGACCUUCUGAAGAGCCUCGACCCAUCAGAUGCUUUCAAUGGUGUGGACUGUAACUCACUGUCCUUCUUGAGUGUCUUCACUGAAGGAGACCUGGGAGACAGUGGAAAACGGAAGAAGAAAGGUACCGAAAUGGAACAAAUUGACUGCACCCCUCCUGAACAUAUCCUGCCAGGUAGCAAAGAGAGGCCCCUGUGUGCCCUUCAGCCCCAGAACAGAGACUGGAAGCCUUUGCAGUGCCUAAAGGUGUUGACGAUGAGUGGCUGGAACCCUCCCCCAGGUAACAGGAAGAUGCACGGGGACCUCAUGUACUUGUACGUCAUCACGGUGGAGGAUCGGCACGUCAGCAUCACUGCCUCCACACGGGGAUUCUACUUGAACCAGUCUACUGCAUACAACUUCAAUCCCAAACCUGCAAACCCCAGUUUUCUCAGUCAUUCCUUGGUGGAACUACUUAACCAGAUCAGCCCUACCUUCAAAAAAAACUUCUCUGCUCUGCAGAAGAAACGGGUUCAGAGACACCCCUUUGAGAGGAUAGCCACUCCUUUCCAAGUGUACAGCUGGACAGCUCCACAAGCAGAGCAUGCCAUGGACUGUGUCCGGGCAGAGGAUGCCUACACUUCUAGGCUGGGCUAUGAGGAGCACAUACCUGGACAGACCAGAGACUGGAACGAGGAGCUGCAGACCACACGGGAGCUGCCGCGCAAGAACCUGCCUGAGAGGCUGCUGAGAGAACGAGCCAUUUUCAAGGUUCACAGUGACUUCACUGCAGCAGCAACACGAGGUGCUAUGGCUGUCAUCGAUGGCAACGUCAUGGCCAUCAACCCCAGCGAGGAGACCAAGAUGCAGAUGUUCAUCUGGAACAACAUUUUCUUCAGCUUGGGCUUUGACGUCCGUGACCACUACAAGGACUUUGGUGGUGACGUUGCUGCUUAUGUAGCUCCUACCAAUGAUCUCAAUGGUGUGCGGACCUACAAUGCUGUGGAUGUGGAAGGGCUGUACACGCUGGGGACUGUUGUGGUGGAUUACAGAGGUUACAGGGUGACAGCUCAGUCUAUUAUUCCUGGCAUCUUGGAGCGGGAGCAGGAACAGAGUGUCAUCUAUGGGUCAAUAGACUUUGGCAAGACAGUUGUGUCACACCCCAAGUACCUGGAGCUGCUGGAGAAGACCAGCAGGCCGUUGAAGAUCCAGAAGCACAAAGUUCUCAAUGACAAGAAUGAGGAGGUGGAGCUGUGCUCCUCAGUAGAGUGCAAAGGCAUUAUUGGCAAUGAUGGGCGUCACUACAUCCUGGACCUGCUACGCACUUUCCCUCCAGAUCUAAACUUCCUGCCUGUUGAAGGGGAGGAGAUGCCAGAGGAAUGUAAGAAAAUGGGGUUCCCCAAGCAGCACAGACACAAGCUUUGCUGUCUCCGGCAAGAGCUUGUUGAUGCCUUUGUAGAACACAGGUAUCUCUUAUUCAUGAAGCUGGCUGCGCUGCAGCUGAUGCAGCAGAAAGCCAGCAAGCAGGAGAGCUCAGCUGUACUGGAAAAUGGUGCCUCUGCAGAGAAUGGCACUGCAGACAGCGAGAGGCCUGAGUCAGAGGAUGGGAAAAUAGAGGAUGGCAUGACCGGGCUGGAUCAGGUGAAGGAGCUCGCCGAGACCAUCGCGUCCGACGAUGGAGCAGUGGAUCCCAAAAGCAGAGAAGUGAUUCGGAAUGCUUGCAAGGCUGUAGGCUCCAUUAGUGACACCUCAUUUGAUAUUCGGUUUAACCCAGAUAUUUUCUCACCAGGUGUUCACUUCCCUGAGUCGAGCAAAGAGGAGGUGCAGGAUCAGAAGCAGCUGCUGAAGGAUGCUGCUGCAUUCCUGCUGUCGUGCCAGAUCCCAGGCUUGGUGAAGGACUGCCUGGAUCACACAGUGCUCCCAAUGGAUGGGGCCACCUUGGCUGAGGCCAUGCACCAGAGGGGCAUCAACAUGCGGUACCUGGGCAAGGUGAUCAACUUCAUCAGCAAGACCCCUGGCCGUGCACAGCUGGAUCACAUCUUUAAAAUCGGAAUCGGCGAAUUGAUCACUCGAUCAGCCAAACACAUCUUCAAGACGUACCUCCAGGGUGUGGAGCUGUCAGGUUUAUCUGCUGCCAUCAGCCACUUCCUCAAUUGUUUCCUGAGCUCCUUCCCAAAUCCCAUUGCCCAUCUUCCAGCUGAUGAGCUGGUCUCCAAGAAGAAGAAUAAGAAAAGGAAAAACAGGAACCUUGGAAAUGCUGAUAACACUGCGUGGGCCAGCAUGACUCCUCAAGAGCUAUGGAAGAAUAUUUGUUCAGAAGCAAAGAACUAUUUUGAUUUCAGUCUUGAAUGUGAGAAUGCUGACCAAGCAGCUGAAGUGUAUAAUCUACAGAAAAUCACUCUGCUCCGUGAAAUCUCCCUCAAAACUGGAGUCCAGAUCCUGCUGAAGGAGUACAACUUCGACAAUAGGCACAAGCCCACUUUCACAGAAGAGGAUAUUCUGAAUAUCUUCCCUGUAGUGAAGCAUGUAAACCCCAAAGCCUCUGAUGCUUUCCACUUCUUCCAGAGCGGGCAAGCAAAAGUUCAGCAAGGUUUCUUGAAGGAGGGCUGCGAGCUCAUCAAUGAAGCCUUAAACCUGUUCAACAAUGUGUAUGGUGCUAUGCAUGUAGAAAUCUGUGCCUGCCUGAGGCUGCUAGCUCGGCUCAACUACAUCAUGGGAGAUUACUCAGAGGCCUUAAGCAAUCAGCAGAAAGCAGUGCUAAUGAGCGAGAGAGUCCUGGGCAUUGAACACCCCAACACCAUCCAGGAAUAUAUGCACCUGGCUCUGUACUGCUUUGCGAACAGCCAACUCUCAACAGCACUGAACCUGCUGUACCGUGCACGCUACCUCAUGCUGUUGGUAUUUGGGGAGGAUCACCCAGAAAUGGCACUCUUGGAUAACAACAUUGGCCUGGUGCUCCAUGGGGUCAUGGAGUAUGACCUGUCCCUGCGGUUCCUGGAGAACGCGUUGGCCAUCAGCUCCAAGUACCACGGCUCCAAGUCUCUGAAGGUUGCACUGAGCCAUCACUUGGUUGCCCGAGUGUACGAGAGCAAAGCCGAGUUCCGGUCAGCUCUGCAGCAUGAGAAGGAAGGCUACACCAUCUACAAGAAUCAGCUCGGUGAGCACCAUGAAAAGACCAAAGAGAGCUCCGAGUACUUGAAAUACCUGACGCAGCAAGCGGUCGCCCUGCAGCGCACAAUGAACGAGAUCUACAAGAAUGGCUCCAACGCCAACAUCAUGCCACUGAAGUUCACAGCUCCCAGUAUGGCCAGUGUCCUGGAGCAGCUGAACAUUAUCAAUGGAAUUCUCUUCAUUCCACUAAGCCAAAAAGACUUGGAGAACCUUAAAGCCGAGGUGCAGCGACGCCAGCAGCUCCAGGAAAGCAUGAAAAGCGGGGAACAGCUGGAAGCAGAGGACAAAGCUGUGGAGGAGAAAGAGGCUGAGCCAAGCAUGCCUUCCACUGCCAUCCCCUUAACACAGAGCUCUGCUUAACGUGUACCUCGCUUUAAAAAAAAAAAAAAAAAAAAAAAAAAAAGUUUAAACUACCCUUUUCUGAAUCUGGCCCAGGGCCUUAGCUGCCCUUGGAGCAGCUCCUCCUUUUUGACAAUGUUAUUGCACUGGUACACAAUUAAUACACAAUGCAAAGAACUAAUCUGAGCAAUGUACUCUGUCUGCCCGAGCUUGUGUCUGCCACGCGAGGGGAAGUGGCCGGAGGCAGCACAGACCCGUCCUGGCGCGCGGGGCCCUCCUGCCGUGUGUGUGUCCGUGUCGUGUGUGUGUGCAGCAGUUAUUUCUACUUUGUACAUAUCAAUUCCAAAUGAACUGUCUGGAGGAAUGUAACAUUUCUCAGGUCAUUUUUAUGUUGACUAAGGACACUGCUUUGCUAAACCAGUAAAGAACCAGCCCCAUCGCUGCUCCACGUUUCUUGUAAAAUGUGGAUUCCGAGCCAAAAGAUUGAUUUCCUUCCCCCCCCCCAGUCACUAUUCAAGAUUGUGUUAAGAACAGCCAUAUGUGAGUCGCUGAGAUGACUGAAGUGUAUAACACGUGGAAGUGGGGGAUGUACAGCAUUUUCUACAUCAGGAUAUAGCCAUGGAAUUCCUUUAACCAUUUUUUUCUAUGUUUGGUUGGCAGUUUGCAAAUUCAGUGGGGUUUUGUAACAUUCACAUUCUAAUUUUCAAGGUAAAGAUAUAGAUAGAGAGAUAUAUAUAUAGAUAUAUAUAUAGAUAUAUAUAUAUAUGAUAAUCGCUGUUCCACCUGUGCUCUGCUUGCAGCUGAGUAACUUGGGAUUCUGUAUCCAAAGAGUGAGGGCUUGAUCUUUUAAAAAAGCGCACAAACUUCCAUUUCAGUAGAAACCCCGGUGCCUCGGAGAGGUGGGAAUGCAGCAAAGGAGGGCUGAGCUAAGGGGAGUGAGAAGGGAAAUCACAGCACUAUUUAGGGCAGUGGAGACGGGAAGAAAAUUCAGAAAUGGAGACCUGGUGUCAGUUGCAACAGCAGCUGUUGACACAGAGCUGAGGGCCCUGAACCUGGCGGAAUCACAACCAGAAAGUACCAGCUUUUGGGGAAGGGGUUUAAAUAAAAACUGAAGUUCCCCCAGCACUGAAACCUCUGGCAAAUACCUUCAACUCUGGCGUUUUUGCACACUGGUUUUGGGACUGGUGCUAGGAGCUGCCAUUGCUGGCAAUGGAUGGUACUGAAUGGCAAGUGCCACUAAAGAAAUCCUCCUGUCCUGUCCCCUCCCCUCCCAUGCACAUCCUGGGGGUUGUCACUGUCCUCAAGCGGGUAGGAUGUGGCUGCUGCAGGCCCUGGGAUGCCGACAGAGUUGAAUGUCCUGUUUUCCAAGCAGAUCAAGCAGUAGAGCAGUGGGCUGGCCACAGCCCCAGCCUCUCCCUCCCUCACAUUGUCUGUCCUGGAUCGUGCCCCGUGCUAAUCCGUGCUGCUUCUUUUACUGACCCUUGGAGCCCAGUGCUGUCCCUGUGCUCUGUACCCUCGAGUUUCCUGUCUGACCCUACAGGUAUUUGUAACUCGGGGCUGUGCAGGGGGAAUAGGAGGGAGCAGCCUCUGAGGUGUUGGAGGCAACAACGCAGAGUCUUCACUGCAAAUGAACUUGCUCCUGUUAGAAAAAUUAUGAAUUUCCUGGAAAGCAAUCAAUAAAUUACUACAGUGCAUCUUUCCUACAAGAUUUUUCUUUUACUAGUGUCUUACAAGUCCAUUAAAAGCUUUUUAAACUCUUGCAGGUA